CUUUUUGUUUUUAUAUUUAUUACUUAGAGUAUAAGGAGUUUUAAAAUAAUAAUUACAGAAACUCAUUUUUUUGCAACAAAUACAUUCUUAUUAUACAUUCCAUUUUUAAAAUAUGCUAGUUCAGAAUUCUUCCGUCAGCCACAUGGAUACGAAAAAUUGUUAAAUAUUCCACAGUCGAGUUAAACUCUAGGAACAAUUUUUUUUUCUUAGUCGUGUAGGAAUAAAGAAAUUGUUCCUGACGUGGAGGCGGAAGAAUUGUUUUUAAAUAUGUAUAUUUAAUACUUGUUUUUGUUACCACAGUUAUUUCGAUAUUUUAAGAUACGCGCUGCGAUAUUUAUUUUGACGUUUUAACUUUUUCCUUUUAGUAGACACUAUUUAAUAUUGGUGAUUUAUCUAGUAUAUUUAAAUUUUUAAAAGCUGUUAUAUAUAUUUUUUGUUGACUUAUAAUCUUUGUGUAUUUGUUGCUAUUGUGAUAAAUAAAACAGCUAUGUAACUAUAAGCAAUAUAUUAGCUCAAUUUUUAAUUAAAUUCAUUGACAAUAUUAUUACAUUCCAUUUUAUAACUUUUAAACUUGUUAUGGGAAUUAAAAUUGUAACUUGAUAAUAAAUAAAAAUGAUAUAAACAAAACGUUCUUUUAUCUUAUCGUCCCACAGGAAGUGGCGACAGAUUCUGGUUUUUUCGCUGCAAUAGAGAAUGUGAUGAUUGCCUUUGAGUGUCAGUGGUACUAAGUAGGUAAAUGUGAAGCUGUAUUGUAUGAGUUUUUAAUGUUAUACAAUGUGGUUCGAGCUUGGCAGAUCGGAAGGGUAUCCAACUCAGUACGGUCCAAAUGCGACACCUGUCACCGUCGAUGUUUUAGAAGCCGGGUUGAUAACAGCUUUUGUUAUUUUAGGAGCUUCUUUUUUUGUCGCGUUACCUACCACUAGGCUAAAAACGAAUUUAAUUGUGUUUACAAGAGUUUCAAUUACAUUAUUAAUAGGAGUAUUAUUAUUAGUGAACAACUUUGGACAAGAAUGGGAGGUGGGACACAUCGUAUCUAAAACCCCGUAUAGAGCCGGUACUCAUCAAGAAAUAAACGCAUCAAUUUCAGUAAAAAUAGCUCUAAGGGGUGUGAAUGUGACAUUAAGAAAUAUAACAGAUCUCAAGGGCAAAUUGGAAUACGAAAAAAUUGACUACAAUGAACGAUUUGAGUGGACGUGGGACCAAGGACGGUUUGGCUUUGGACCGUAUGCUGGCCAUAUACAACAGCAGUUCAGAGCCGCGCAACUUCGAGGGCUGCCUUUACCUAUUCUCUGGGUAGUAGACUAUUUUGUGAUCGAUGGUGAAGGAUUUAGAUUUGGCAGAUUCUAUAGGACCGCUGGAUGGUACACACAUAUCGUACUGUGGGCCGCUUUCGCUUGCUGGCUACUUGUAAUUAUUUUAUUCAGAUCAGUGAUAAAUUAUGGGGCAUACACUCUAGGAAUGUGUGGUAUACUUCAGAUAAUAGGAAAUUUGAUUUGGCUUCUCGUAAGAAAUCCAAACCCACUGCUUAUACCUUUUGAAGAUGCCAUUCUAAAAACGAAAUUUGGAUUUAACUAUUGGGCAACCCUCGUGACUGGAAUUUUUUGCCUUAUUUUAUCGAUUGUAAUAUUAUAUAUGGAUUAUAAAUAUGACCAGGUCCUUUAUGAUUUAUUUGGAAUUAAUCCUCUCAACAGCUACGAUGAAGUAGCUUACCUAACUAAGAAGGAACGGCUUCUUUUAAGACCAAAAAAUUCAUAUAAACCUCCAUCUGAUAUUCCAUUAGUAGACGUUUCGAACGAUCCUCAGGAAGAUGAAGACGUGGAUUAUAUACCAGUCUACUUGAAGAGAAAAACGAUUGUAGCAGCCCCCAAAGUAAGCAGAAAGAAUAAGCCGAAACGUUAUCAACCAAGCACUUCAGAAGCAAUCUCUGAAGUACCAUAUUAAUUAAAUAAUUUUAUCUAUAAUUAACACGGUAAAGACAAAAAGGUGUAUUGUUCAUUUGUAUUGAAUAGUAUAAUGUGUAUUGUUCAUUUGUGUAUUGCGUAAAUAGGCAAGGCUAAAAAUUAUCCGGAACUUGUUCGAUUUAUUUCAGACAACGUAUUUAAUAAUUUUGCAAUAAAUUUGUUUUCAAAUAAAUUUAUGGAAUUCUAGAAUUUCAUGUAAUAAUUCAAUGUAAAAUAAUUCUGAUGUUGCUAAGCAUGUAAAAACUAUGCAGGUAUUCAGUGCUAGACCAAAAAAUUAUUUCUUUGCCAAAUUUUUCUGUACUUUCUUGUGGAAAUGUUAAUUAAGUUGUCUGGCGUUUUGUUUUUCGAAAUUUAAAAAAUAAGAAAAAUAAAACUAUUUGUAGCCAAAGAACGUUCAGUAGUUUAGUGUAAUGUAAUUUAGUCUUAUUAAGAUUGAAGAAUUUGUAACAACUAAUUUGGAACUUAUAAUAAAUUGAACAAAAAUACUAAUAUUUGAAUAUUAU